CCACGUGGUCAGACGCAGGAGCCGCCGGCUGCGGCGCGGAGCGCAGUCCCGCAGUUGUCCCCGGCGCUCCGCUCGUAGCCCGGCGGCAGCAGGAUGGCCGCCGUGGCGGUGGCCCGCGGCGCAGAGGCGAUGGCGGUGGCGGCCCUGGUCCUGCGCGGCGGCGGUGGGGCUGCGGCCCGGGGCUGGCCCCGCGCGUGGCGCGCUCGGCCGCUGUGCACGGCGCCGGGGGCCGCCGGGGACAUGAAGCGCUACCUGUGGGCGCGCUACCGCGACGCGCGGAGGAGCACGGACGAGCUGGUUCCCUCCCUCAUGAGCAACCUGCUGAACCCAGAUGCCAUUUUCUCCAACAACGAGAUGAGCCUGUCGGACAUCGAGAUCUACGGCUUCGAUUACGACUACACCCUGGUGUUCUACUCCAAGCACCUGCACACGCUGAUCUUCAGCGCGGCGCGGGACCUUCUCAUCAACGAGCACCGGUACCCCGCGGAAAUCAGGAAGUACGAGUACGACCCCAACUUCGCGAUUCGCGGGCUCCAUUACGAUGUCCACCGGGCUGUGCUGAUGAAGAUCGACGCUUUCCACUACAUCCAGCUGGGCACCGUGUACCGAGGUCUCAGCGUGGUCCCCGAUGAGGAGGUCAUUGAGAUGUACGAGGGGUCGCACGUGCCUCUGGAGCAGAUGAGUGACUUCUAUGGGAAGAGUUCCCACGGCAACACCAUGAAGCAGUUCAUGGACAUCUUCUCGCUCCCGGAGAUGACGCUGCUGUCCUGCGUGAACGAGCACUUCCUGAAGAACGGCAUCGACUAUGAGCCCGUGCACCUCUACAAGGACGUCAAGGACUCCAUCCGUGACGUCCACAUCAAGGGGAUCAUGUACAGAGCCAUCGAGGCGGACAUUGAGAAGUACAUCUGCUACGCGGAGCAGACCCGCGCAGUGCUGGCCAAGCUGGCCAACCACGGCAAGAAGAUGUUUCUCAUCACCAACAGCCCCAGCAGCUUCGUGGACAAGGGGAUGCGCUACAUCGUCGGGAAGGACUGGCGGGACCUGUUCGACGUGGUCAUCGUGCAGGCUGAGAAGCCCAACUUCUUCAACGACAGGCGCAGACCUUUCCGGAAGGUGAACGAGAAGGGCGUCCUGCUCUGGGAUAAAAUCCACAAGCUGCAGAAGGGCCAGAUUUACAAGCAGGGAAAUCUGUACGAGUUUCUGAAGCUCACCGGCUGGCGGGGGUCCAGGGUGCUAUAUUUCGGUGACCACAUAUACAGCGACCUGGCGGACCUGACGCUGAAGCAUGGCUGGCGGACGGGCGCCAUCAUCCCGGAGCUGAGGUCGGAGCUCAGGAUCAUGAACACCGAGCAGUACGUGCAGACGGUGACCUGGCUGCAGACCCUGACCGGGCUGCUGGAGCAGAUGCAGGUUCACAGAGACCCCGAGUCGCAGCUGGUUCUGCAGGAGUGGAAGAAGGAGAGAAAGGAGAUGAGAGAAAUGACCAAACGCUUCUUCAACGCGCAGUUCGGCAGCCUGUUCCGCACGGACCAGAACCCGACCUACUUCCUGCGGCGCCUGUCCCGCUUCGCGGACAUCUACAUGGCCUCCCUGAGCUGCCUCCUGAACUACGACGUGCACCACACCUUCUAUCCCCACAGGACUCCGCUGCAGCACGAGAUGCCCGCCUGGGCCGACCGGCUGCCCCCGUUCAGGGCCCCCGUCCUGCAGGCUGCCCAGGCCGAGUAGCCGCGGCGGGGGACACUGCUGCCCGGCCUCCGGGCGGUCGUGGUGUGGAAUGAGAGGACCCCGGGAUGGCCAAGCUGCCCCGCCUGCCCGCAGGGCUGGGGAACUGAUUCAACCUGCUGUUUACUGAGGUCCCUGCGCGGUGUCCCUGUCCCAGGGUAGAAGAGACCCCGAUUCCACCUCUGCUCCUCAGCUCCAGCUAGGAGUGGGUUCUUCACAGAGUGUGCCCUGCCUGGAUGUUUGCAGGCCGGCACUGGGCAUAGCGACCAGCAAAGUAUAGGGCUCAUGGGCAGCUGUGACUCUGGGUGGUCCUGAGCUUUGGUGGGGUGCUGGGGAGCCGCAUCUGUCAGGGGCCCCGCCUACCCGGAAGGGAGCAUGAGAGAGAACAUGACCCUUUGUCCUCACCGUGGGCCUGCUGUGUCCACCUCCCCGCUGGCCCAGGGCAGCGGUGUGGGCAGGAGCAGGAGAUGAAGUGGCUCUCCAGCUGGUGGGACGGGGACGGUCUUCCUCAGAGAAGGGGCUGUGUGGGGUCAGGGAACAGGAAGCCUUUGGCUCCCAGGAAGCGCCCCUAAACCACCUGUGUGUUGGCAUCAUGUGUUCACCCUGGAGAGGGUGAAACGGGAGGCCUCCUAGUGAGACGCCCCCACACUGGCCUGGCGGAGUCUCGUGAAAACGCCUGCAUCCUGAAAACCGACCAGGGCUGGACCACUAUCAUUGCCAGGGAGGUGGAGGAAGCCACCGUCGCCUGCAGCGCCCCCACUCUCCCCUCCCGUCCCCUCUCCUACUGUCCUCCUCCUCACUGUUUCUGGCCUGUCCCUGUGGCUCUUGGGACUUGGGGUGUUGCCUGGGGGCUGAAGGUGAAGGACAUUGAGGUUGUAGGAGGACCCCCUGUUCUCUCCCCAUCCCACUUUGCAGGACCCCCCGCCCCAUCUGUGUUUGCAUACCAUGUGCUGUGUGCUGCCACAUCAGCGUCCAAAUGGUGAUUCCGUUGCACGUGGUGCGUGAGCACUUCUGUUCAGAGGCCCCCGCGUGGUGUCCCACGUGGUGCCAGGACUGAGUGUGGGCUCAUGCUGUGCUGGGGCAGGAACCAGCCGGUCGGAGUGAGCUUACCAUCCUAAGUCACAGCUGCUGACGAUGCCAGCUCGGGGCUGGUGCGGUUCAGCAAGUGCGGAGCAGGCUCAGUGGUGCCCUUCUUUGCCAUGGGAACUGCCCGCGGUGGUGCAGGUGACCGUCCAAGCCCAAGCCGGCUCCCUGGCUCCGUCCACUGCUGCUGCACACACAGGAGGUCACGGCAGCGGUGCAGCCAUGCUGCGUUUUAACCCAGUGUUUUGGGGCCUGGCAUUGAAAGCCCACAAGUGAGGGACAGAAGUGCUCGGUGUGGGGUGUGGAGGGGGUCCCCGAAAGGCUGUGCUGUGCUGAUGAUUUCCGCUUCUAAGAAGCAGAGCCAGGGAGCAGGUAUAGUUCUGAAAAGACUUCCUGGUCUGUGUCUAAUCAGAUGUUCUCUGGGUACACGCUGGGUGCCAGCCGUGGGAGCUGGGUUUCCUCAGCCAUGAAGCAGAGCUCGUUCUGACACCCGCUCUAAUGUCUGGGUCCCCACAGAAGCUUGGUGGGGGGACGUUUUCUGGUUUGAAUGAUGGAUUUUGUGAUUGACCCCCUUUUAAGUAGGGGUUCAGGCUGGGAGCCAUGGGCAGGUGCUGGUACCUGCUGCAUCAGGGCCCCAGCCGGCACCCCUGGGCGCAUAAGCGCAUGCAUGCGGGUGCAGAUCGGAGGUGUGGGUGAUCCCUGUGCCACUCUGUACCCUUCCUUGUCCGGCUCCAUCCGGACGGGUUGUGGCUGGUUGUGUCCUGCCCCUCCACCAGGCCUCGUUUCCUGGGGGUCUGCAAACAUCAGAGCCGGGAAAUAACGGUUCCCCACCAUUAGAAGGUCAGUUUGCAAGGCAAACAGCAAAUCGAAUCUGAACAGUUAAAAAUCACUGUCUUUACCAUUGCUUAGGCCGAUUCUCUUUCUUUCUUUCUUUUCUUUUUUGUACUGGGCAUCGACCUCGCACUUGCCAGGCAGGCGCUUGUGCUUCUGAGCUAACUCUGCGGCCCCAUCUGGAUGAUUUUCUGUGUGAUGUAAGAAUCUCUAGGCGGGGACAGUGCACACCGGCCAUGAGCCUUGCCGUGCCCAGGGCCGGCCUCUGCAAGCCCAUGGCCUCCGGUCCCUCUUAGGAGGAAACCGACUUUUAAGCCGGUUUAGGUGUUGGGCGUGAAGCGCUCACCUUUCUGUGUUUGUCUCUCCCUGUCUUCUUGCUCCACUGACUCCUGGGGUUUUCAUGCUCCCCAUUAAUACCACGCAGCGUACACUCCCUGCCGGGGGAGGAUGGCUUUGCUGCCACCGCCCCGUCGGUCAUCUUCAGAGAAGUGGAACGUGGGCUCACCAACCCCGGAUUCAGCUUGGGGUGUGUGUGGUGCCACGAGGGCUUCUGAGAACCGUGUGUGUGUGUGUGUGUGUGUGUGUGUGUGUGUGUGUGUGUGCACAUUCAUGUGUGCACUAACCAUGCCACCCACACAGCCACGCUGCCCCGCCCACGUGGCUGGAGAGCUCCGGGGCUGACUCUGGUCUCCCGUGCAGGGCUGCUUGAUCUCCCUUUGUGCCACUGUUCUGCGUGGCCUUGGUAUUUGGGAGUCAGGCCCAGAGUCAGGGAGGGCAGGCAGGAAGCUGGGGUGCUUUGCUCUGCUCUAGGUGGCUGCAGCCUUGCGGGCCCUCACCUUCUCCCAGAGGGAUGGCGCUAGUGUGACUCGAUUUACAUAAUCAGGCUGUGGUUUGCUGGGCUCUCAUCUCCUGGGUAUUUGGGAAGAUUUCCUUGCUGAGAGCUUGUACCCACACCGUGGGAAGGGGCCCUGUAGAUGAGUGUGGCCGGUUGGGUUCCCCAAGCAGGCCGUGUGGGGAUCCCUUGCUCUGUGCACUUGGGUCUCUGCGCCUCACCCUGGCCUGUCUGUGGUUGUGCUGGCGCUGGCUGCCGGCCUUGGCCGUCCCCAUAACCCAAGGGCUUCAAGGUCUCCAUCCCAGGACAGCUGGGCCUGGGCGUGCCCUUGGGCCUUUCUGGGGGUUUCCCCUACAGGAGAGCCCGGCCUGCCCAGAUCACACCUACUUCCUGUGGCCCCAAACCCUUGACUGCUGGGUAUGGGGCUGCAGAGGCCUGGGUGGCCUCGCCACCAGCUUGGGACAGCCCUGGGGACCCCUGCAACUGUAGAGCUCCCUGCCUGCGGGGUCACUGAGGCCCCUUGAGCCUGUGUGGCAGCCAGCACCUCCCGGCCAGUCCUGCCCCUCCACUCCCCAGGUGCCAUCCUGGCAGCUUCUUGUAAGCCCCACACACAGCCUCUGCCUGGGGGACCCCCUCCACCCACGUUUUCUUAGUGGUGCGGGCCUUGACUCCCCAUGCAGGAGACGGUUCUAAUUGUUUAGUGGAAUGUCAGCUCGGGCCUGGAUGGUUCAGGUACCAUAAAUACAAAUUAGUAGGCGCGCUAUUUAUUCUGAAUGUGAAUUUGCUAUUUAUUCCCAACAUUAAUUUUAUGUGUUAAAUGAUGCUGAACUUAACAGCCAAAUAAAAGUUUGAGUUGGUACCA